AUGGCUGGUCGAAAUGAUGAAGUCUCGCUGGAGUGCGGAGGUUUGCGACAGCAGGGUUUGGAGAUGGCGAUAGUGUCUUGGAUCUCAAGAGUGAUUGCUUGUAUCUGCAUGCUUGGGCUACAGUAUCUCUUGCUGAAAAUCCAUCGAUUGAGGAAAUUGCUUGCUCCGGAGGCUAUUCCGAAGGUAUCCGAGGUCUGGAUAGGGGUGUCAGGUUUUUGGAUGGGCGAGCUUGCUGUUGUUGCAUUAUUUGGUGGGGUUCUGAGUGCCGUGUUCACUCUCAUAAAUGUCAACAUCUGCACAACAGAUAGACCAGGAGGAAGGCAGCUUCCUGACGGGCUUCUGAGUGCUGUUCGAGUCCUUGUCGAUAGGGUACUUGUGUCCUGGAUCUUGCAUCAUGGUUCGGUGAUGCUACUUGAUAUUAUCAUUCCAUUCUCCAAAGAGCAACAGCAAAAUCCAGGAAAAGAACUCACCCGCAUUCUCUCAAGAGCAAUCAAACUCACCACAUUCAUCCACAACAUUACUUUUGGGUCGCCAACAGGCGCACCACAUAUUCUCCUCAACACGCUCGUCCAAGACUCAGACUCACGCACCACCACCCAGACAAUACGUCUCCAACGGAUGCAAACCGACAAUCCCAAUGAAAGACAGAGGAAUUUGGCUUGGAAUCUGGUAAUCGAUAAAGAGGCUCUGGACGAAAUGAAGGAGACGCUCGGUCCCCCUGGAGGCUUUGGAGAGUUGGGAUUCAGUGUUGGCAGAGAUGGUGUCAGGUUCGAAGCCAUGGGAAUUGGGACCAGUUUCGUGUUGGGUUUUGAAGUUGCAGUUCCGAGGGAGGGUCGAGUCCCUGCUGUGAGGAGGAAGACAAAGUAG